CUCCGCGAUGUUGGUGCUAUUGGGGCUGCUGCUGGGAGUGCGGGGGGCAGGUGGGGGUUUGGGGUUGGGGUGUUUGGGGGGUCUCUGCCUAAUGAAACGCUGGGGGGGGGGGGGACGUGGGGGUCUCUGCUUUAUGGGACUGUGUGGGCGGGCUUGAAGGGGCUCUGCUUUACGGCGCUGGGUGUGGGUUCUGGGGAGACUCUGCUCUAUGGGAUCAUGGUAGGGGCUUGGGGGGGCUCUGCUUAAUGGCACUGUAUGGAGGGACAUUGGGGGUCUCAGCCUUAUAGGACGUUGGGGAUGAUUUGUGGGGGUCUCAGCCUUUGCAAUAUUGAGGGCACUCUGGGUGGUGGUCUGAGCCCUUAGGGCCCCCAGGGAGGGCUUUAGGGUGGGCUCAGCCUUUUGGGAUACUGGGGUCCUUUUGAGGGGAGGGUCUCAACUUUAUGGGAUGUUGCAAAGAGUUUGGAGGGGGUCUCAGCUCUGAGGGAUAUUGGGGACAAUUCGGGGGAUCUCAGCCCUUUGGAACUCAAUGGAGGAUUUUGGAGUGAUGCUGAGGACUCAGCCUUUUGGGUUGCUGGGUGCCUUCAUGGUGCAUGUGGCCAACUCCUGCCCACUGGCAGCCAAUGGCUCUCUGCGCGGCUUCGACCUCACCGUGGCCUUCAACAAGAACCCUCUGGUGUGCUACGACCCCGAUGGCCACCUCUUCAACGCCUGCGACUGGGGGCUGCUGCACGGCGUGGCUGGACAGAUUGCCAUUGCCCUCAACAAUGACAGCACCUGGGUGCAGCGUGCAGAGGCACGGAGACGGGCGUGCAGCAAACUGGCUGCACAGUUCUGGGCACAGACGGCGCUGCGCAGGACUCAGCCCCAGGUCCGCAUCGUCCCCGCACAGACAGGGAACCCCAGCGUGCCCAUCCGCCUCACCUGCCACGUGUGGGGCUUCUACCCCCCCGAGGUGACCAUCAUCUGGCUACACAAUGGGGACAUCGUGGGGCCUGGAGACCACUCGCCCAUGUUCGCCAUCCCCAAUGGGAACUGGACCUACCAGACACAGGUGGCCCUCUCGGUGGCCCCAGAGGUGGGGGACACCUACACGUGCUCGGUGCAGCAUGCUAGCUUGGAGGAGCCCCUCCUGGAGGACUGGCGUCCUGGGCUGACGCUGGAGGUGACGCUGAUGGUGGCUGUGGCCACUGUAGUGAUGGUGUUGGGGCUCAGCUUGCUCUUCAUUGGUGUCUACUGCUGGCGGGCCCAACCCCCUGCCCCAGGUUACGCCCCGCUUCCCGGUCACAACUACCCUUCAGGCAGCAUCUGAUGGACACCUUCUGUCACCAACUGUCCCUGUGUGUCCCCAUCCCUGACUCUGCACCGUGGUGCUGACAUUAAAGACACUCUGCAGCCUC